AUGCAAGCUUCCAACUCGGUGCAGCGCUCCAUACAGCGCCGCUCGCCGGGCCCCGACGGCCCCUCGAAUCUACCGCCGCGGCCCAUGUCGCCCGCCGGCAUGCAGCCACGCUCUUCUGCGGCAUCCUCGAGAUCGCUCGGAUCGUCGAGGCGGAAUCAAUCCGGCGGUUCCAACAUGCCGCUUUCCCAGAUCGAAAAGAGCGUCACGCACCUCUUGGUCGCGACCAAGCAGCUGCUCGAAACCCUUACGCAGUGGUCCCGUGGCGCUGCCACGGACACACAGGUGUCUGAUGUCUAUGUCAGGCUAGGAUACGAGUUCAACAUGGCCUGCCGUGCCUUCACAGCUAUCAACGUGGACACUUCAGACCUCGGCAACGUGCCCGAAUCCCUGCGACACAUUCUCGAGUCUACUCUGAGUCAAGAAGCUAGUACCGAAAGCUUAGAGAAGUACUUGCCCAAGAUUCGAGACAUCAUCAUCAACCUGCUUCACGGCCUCAAGCGCAAGCAGCAACGCCUCAGGCAAAAGCAGAGCAAAGACAGAGAUGGCGCCGCGUCGCCUGAAGCUGAAGGCUCUGGGGUAGGACGCUCGAUGAGCUCCAGUACCGUGGGGAGCACAAAUACCGGUCUCACGAGCCUACUGAACGAAGGCAUCGACAAGGGAUAUGGUACGGCGCAACGCGACAGCGCGUCGAGCCAGGCCGGCCCUUCUGGAAUCAACAGUUCGCCCAGCCGUCGAGGUCAACCAAGAGACAAUUCGUCGUCGAUUGACAGCACGGUGAUGCAAAACAUCCCAUCAUUGCCCCCAUAUCCUGGGGACGACAACACGAUACCGUCUGGGCCUUCCAACGGUAGCAUCGAUAUCGACUCCUUCCCACCACCACCGCCACCACCAAAGUCCCAGCAAAGUGCGCUUGCAGCUUUACAAAGGGGAGGAGACCUCGAGCGGCGAGCUUCACGCCGGUAUUCUGCGUACCAGAUUUCCAAGCACUUGGGUGCGCCGGCGAACGGCGUGCCUAUGCUGCCAACACAGAACACGCCUAUUCCGAACCGCGGCAGGGGCGAGGUUCGGGAGUCCAUGCGAGCUGUGCAAGUCCGUGAAGCAUUAAAGCACAACAGGAACGAGUCCAACCAGUCACGUAAUGGCUUCGAUCCUUCCCCCGUUAGAGUACCAAGCAAAGUCUCAGAGGAGAGCUCCGCACAGUCUGACUUGGGCCAGUCGCGGGCUCAGUCCCCGCCAGCACCAUCGCCGGACAGCUACAAGCCGAGCGCAACUCUCUCUGGGCCACUGGACGAUGCGUUCCCCAUUACGGCUUCAUCUGCUCCUGGUUCUCCUAAGAAGGAUCCGAGCCGGCCCCGCGCUCCAAUCCCAGCCGUUGAGCCCGAACAGCAGCAACCGCCGCAGCAACGCGUGCAGACACCGCCAGCCAAGGAGGGGCGACCAUUUGCACUUGAACAGAGUCCACCUCUGGACAAGGAACUUACUCUGUUCCUGCAGUACAAGUCAAGGGUCAAGAAGUUUGUCCUUCCUGAAGGAUAUGCGGAUCUGACUCUUGGCCGCUUGCAGCUGGCAUUCAUCGAGAAGUUCUCGUGGAACACGGCACUCAAUGGCAGUGAUCUGCCCGAGAUUUACAUCCAAGAUCCUGUCUCGGGCGUUCGUCAUGAGCUGGAGGAUCUGUCGGACAUCAAGGACCGUACAGUGCUCGCUCUGAAUGUCGAGGCCUUGGAUGAAGUCAAGAAGCACUUUGAUGAUGGGCUCGGCUCUUUGAAGAAGGCCAUGGACGAAGUCAAACAGAACGUCACAGAUCAAGGGCUAGCUCUUCAACGGGUUUCCGAUCAGCAGUUGGAGACUUCGAAAGAAAUGGCCCGGAUGGCUGCGGCCCCCGCCGUGGUCAUCGACGGUGGCAAGAGCAACGGCAGUGGCUCGUCUGGGAAGCUCAACCCGAGUCAGCUGCGCGAGCUCCAGACCUUGCGUCGCGAUCUCGCUAUCCUCCGACAAACAUACUCCAACUUCCAGACAGAGGUCCAGAGCUCUAUGUCUACCUUGCGCACCAAAGCCGACAAUGUCAAGGUGGCAGCCGCCAAGGCCUCGGUCCCAAGCGCGGACGGAGAUAGCGGCUAUGGUUAUGUCAAGAACGGUCGCAAGCAGAUGAAUGCAGAUUCGGAUCGCCUUGUGACCAAGGUUGAUGACCUGCAGGAUCUGGUCGAAGACCUCCGGAAAGACGUUGUGCUCCGCGGUGUCCGACCCCUUCCUCGCCAGUUGGACAGUGUGUCCAAGGACAUUUCGCAGCUGACGACAGAGCUCAAGAGAAUGGACGAUUAUAUGAAGAAGGAGAAGCCCAUCUGGACCAAGAUCUGGGAAAAGGAGCUCGAGGAUGUCUGCCAAGGCAGAGACGAGCUCAGACUCAUGGAAGAUCUCAUGGUCGAUCUGCAGGACGAUCUAGAGAAAGCAUCAGAGACAUUCGCCCUUGUCGAGCAGGCUACCAAGGAGCAGAUGAAGGACAGCGCGCCUUCCAGCAGACAAUUCUCUAAGGGCUUGAGCAACCUCGGCAACAGCUCAAACCCGUCUGCCGCCAAGGAGGGCGUGCUCGGAGAAGUCCGAGCCCUGCAGCCAAACCACGAGGACAGACUUGAGGCGAUCGAGCGCGCAGAGAAGCUGCGGCAGAAGGAACUGGCAGGCCGAAUGACCAACCCGCUCAAGAAGGAGCUGUCCAACUUUGUCGAAGAAGGCAAGCUCAAGAAGAGUGGUGGGUUUGAAGAGGUCGAGCGCGCCAGGAAAGCCAAGGAUGACCGGAUUCGCAAGGAGGUCUGGGAGCGAAUGAACGGAAUCAUCCCAGACGAUCCAAUCGGCGAGGAGUAUGUCGAAGGCGAAGAGGGUGCAGAGACUGUUGAAGGAGAUGCGGACAACGACGAGAAUGGGGCAGUUUCGCCGGCACCAGCGUGA